AUAUCCGGCCCAACGGUAACUUCUGCGGCACAAAACCAACUAAAUGACAAGGGAGUCAAAAGCGUUGAUGGGGGGACGAACUCGUCAUUAUGUUCAAUGGAAGUUGCCUUGUCUGUUGUAAAUUCCUGUACUACGUUUUAGGUUGUUUCUGUAGUUUUGUGAGACCUCCAAGCUUGGAGAACGGAAGAUUGGAAGGAAAGCCGCGGAGAAAGUAGCAGCAGCUGAAGGAGUAAGGAUAAGAAGCAACUGCUCGAGAAAGUUUCCAUGGGCGAGUCAAGUGACUCAGCUUCCAUUCACAUUGAUAUGUUGCCAUUUGGUGGGAAGGAGUUUGUGGUGAAGACAAGCAAAGGUUUAAUCUCUGUGUUUGUAUGUGGAGACCAAGAAAAGCCUGCUUUGAUAACAUAUCCAGAUGUUGCUCUCAAUCACAUGUCUUGUUUCCAAGGCCUAUUCUUUUGCUCGGAUGCAGAUUCUUUGCUGCUUCAUAACUUCUGCAUUUAUCACAUUGAUGCCCCAGGCCAUGAGGUAGGAGCUGAAGUCAUUUCUCCAGAUGCUCCAUUGCUUAGUGUCAAUGACCUUGCAGACCAGGUAGCUGAAGUUCUUGAUUACUUCGGGCUGAAAGAAGUUAUGUGCGUAGGUGUAACAGCUGGUGCUUACAUUCUUACCCUCUUUGCAAUGAAAUACACAGAGCGAGUACAUGGGUUGAUUCUUGUGUCCCCAAUUUGUAAAGCACCCUCGUGGACUGAGUGGAUUUACAAUAAGGUAUUGCUGAAUCUGUUAUACUUUUAUGGCAUGUGUGGUGUUCUGAAGGAGUGCCUCCUCCAGCGUUACUUUAGUAAGGAACUUAGGAGUGGCUUGCAUGGUGCGGAAUCUGACAUAAUACACACUUUCAGAAGGUUACUGGAUGAAAGGCAAAGUUUGAAUGUCAUGCGUUUCCUUGAAGCAAUUAACACGAGGCCUGACCUUACAGAUGGAUUGAAGAAGUUGCAAUGUAAGACACUUAUAUUUGUAGGUGAAAGUAGUGAAUUUCACGCUGAAGCUGUGUAUAUGAGUGGUAAAAUGGGCAGAAAAAGCUGUGCUCUUGUUGAGGUUCAAGCUUGUGGCUCGCUGGUGACAGAAGAACAUCCCUAUGCCAUGCUAAUUCCUAUUGAGUUCUUCUUGAUGGGGCUCGGUUACUACAGACAACGACAUUUUGCCUCCUCAUCAAGUAAUAGCUCGAACCCAACUAGCCCUUCAAGCCAUUCAUGCAUAGCACCAGAACUUCUCUCUUCAGAGAGUCUUGGGGUCAAGCUUAAACCCAUCAAAACCCGAGUAGAUAUUGAAGUUUGAUGUAAUUUGAAGCGUGUAUUCAUUACUUGUGUCUCCUGUGAAGUAAUUUUCUAUAACGGGCAGUGGUGUCUCAGCUUCACACACAAUACAAGCACAUAUAUGUAAUUUCUUCAGGAUAGCAUAUUCUUUGAUUGUGUUAGUUGGGUUAGGAAAUUGUUGAUCUUGACUGAGUGAACUUAUGUUAUUUUCAAACUCGGUUGUAGAUAAAAUAGGAGGAUAUGAUUCAGAUGGAAGAUAGAAUUAGAAUUAUUCUUUGUGAAAAGAUAUUUUGUCUGUAAUCAUUCAUGUUGUACACAAGACUACUUUGUAAUUCUAGGAGAAAUUUAUGUUUUGAUA